UAACGUCUUCCACAAGACCACAAUUGUGAUCAAAGUUCACUUCCUGAAACUACUUCCUCAACUAUUACUGGGCAAACCUCAAACUUCAUAUUCACAUCACCAAUUGGCAGAUGACCAUGGAGUAUCAGAACAUUUCUAACAGCUCUCCGUUUGCCCGAACCUCAGUGGUAACAUCCAGCACUGUUCUUGGAUUGUGCUGUGCGCUGGGUGUACCAGGUAAUAUAGCGGUGCUGGUCAUGCUCGCCCAGCAUUUAAAGGAUGAAAAUUUCACCCCAAAACUGAUGCUGAGUCUGGCUGUCUCAGAUCUAUUAAGUCUGAUAUUUCUGCCUGUGUGGAUUUAUGCCCUCCUGAACGGCUGGGUUUUUGGCCAAGGUCUGUGUAAAUUACUUUCCUAUGUAGUGUACUGGAGCCUCUACAGUAGUGUGCUUUCUGUCACCUUGUUAAGUGUGCAAAGGUACCUGCAGGUGCUGUAUCCACAGCGAUGGGCGAAGCUCGGGCAGAAGGGUCAGAAGGGGCUGAUUUUUGGAAUAUGGACAUUAAGUGGAGUUUUGGGUUCUUAUGCUCUUUAUUACCGAAACGUGAAGAAGAAUAAGAACGGGCUUCUACGCUGUUAUCAGGAUUAUACGAAUAAACAAGAAAAACUAGUUGUCUUACUUGUCGAGACUCUAGUGAUGUUUUUUGUGCCUCUCUUCAGCCUGUUGUGCUUCUACCAUCGACUUCAUCAACGAAUAAGUCAGUCAGCUUCCUUCAGAAGCCACAGGCUGACAAAACUGGUCAUCAGAAUCGUAGUGGCCUUCUUCGUAUUUGGGACCCCCUCUAUGAUCAACAACUUGGUCUUAAUGGCAGUGCCAUGGGAAUCAGAUGUCAGCAACAAUGUAACCGGCGCUCUUUUCUUUAUUAACAGUUGUGUGAACCCCUUUCUUUAUGCCUUCUCAGCUCGAAUGGUGCGAUGCAGAAGAAAACAGCAUUCAGAUCAGCCACAACAAAAUCUGAAUGAAAGCUGA